UCCAAGUGUCUGACUUGGCUAUUUUGUAAAAAAAAGACAAAUUUUAGUUUAAAAUGAAGUAUCCGAGUAAAGUGUCAUGUCGGACACGACACGACACCCAUUUUUGAGGUAAAUGAAGGUGUCGGAGUAACAUAGUCGUCUACAUCUUGCUGGGAAGCAGCACUAUGUGGUAAUGAAGUAACCUGUACAGAACUAUAGGUUAAAUAUUUUUAAUUCAGCGGUGCUGGUGAUAAUAAAUAGAAUUGUUCAAUAUUUGUGAUGAAAAAACGAACUUUCUGUUUCUGAAUUAAUAAGAAACUAGUUAACUUAGAACUUGGAUGCCGUGCCCUGCGGGAUAUCAGAAAGCAAGCUUCUGACAGUUAUUUAUUAAGUUAACCUUGCCUAUACUAUUAAGCGUAAGUUAACAUUCCAUAGUUCAGAUUAGUUGAAACAAAUCUGCUGAUACGGUUACCAUUAACUGUAAUAACUUCAUGUUUGUGCCGAUUUUUUUUUUUCUGAUUUUAUCUUGGUGGCAGAGCUGAGGUUCCAGCUUUUACUAUUUGCUAAGUGAUCAUAAAGUUAGAUGUUUAUUAAGUUGCUUUGGUCUCAAGUUCUCAUGUCAAACAUGGGUAAUGUGUCUAUGUCGGAGUAUCGAGAGAUCCAAAUGGAAGACUUGAGGGGAAAUGAAGAGUUUAAGUAACGUAGGUUGGUGGAAUAUUGAGAAUCAUUUCAUGAUGUAGAGUAUAGUUAAAACUUAAAACCAUGAAGAGAUUAUCAGAAGUACUCCACCCAUCAUCAAUCACUUUGCUCAUUUGGUUCAGCACAAAGUUUAAGGAGCGAGUUUAGUGUGGGCCACUAAGCAGAUAGUGGAUUUAAAAGCAAGAUAAGAUAAGAUAUUAUUAGAAAAGAGCGUUUUGUAAGUAGAAUAUUUGAGGCAAUCUAAAAAAAUGGAUAAAGUAAUUGAACACGGAGGAAGUAUAUAUUCAAUUAGUGAUUGUGAAGCUUAAUUGUUUACGACAUCUAUUACGACGAAACAGCUCCUUAAGUUGGGAAAUAUUGAAUUACAAGUAAACAUGAGCACAAGAUGUCAAUGCUUCAUCUGUUGGAUGAAGUUAAAUUUUAAGGAGGUCCUUUCCUCCUAGACCUUGGUGUUACUUAUGUGGUUUUAGAUACUCCUGAUAGUUAAUAGUGUGGUAUGUGAUAUAUAAAAUUUGUGCAUUACUUGAAACAAGACAAUGCUAUGCACAUGCCCUGCAAUCUGCAUAUAUUCUACUUGUUUAGUAACCAAUACUUUAAGUCUCUGUUUCCCAUAUGUUGUAUCGAAAUUGAGAAGCUCCUACCAUUUUCAUGGGAUUGUCGAUGAAGGAAGCAUUUGUUUAAGCAUCAUCAACCUGUUUGUGGACUAGUAAUUACUACUGAUGCCCACAUUCAAAUCUAAACUACCAUCUUGUAUGUGCUACAUUGCUAAUGCUAAUAUAAUGACCUAUCGUUUUUUCUAAGUUGCUGUGUUACGUCUUGAAAUCUGUGCAUAUCUGUACUUCAACCAAUGACGUGGCUGCGCUACUAGACACGAGCAGCUCACGUGCUGCUCGACAUUAUGCUUGAUAGUAGAGAAACCACAAUUCAUGAGCACACUGAUACUGAUCCACCUGGGAUCAUGGACCAACUUUAGACAGCUGUAAUAAUACUUUGUCUGUUAGUGAAGUCAUGUAUAGCCGUUAUUCUCUAGGUCUUUUGUAAGAUGUAUAGAUAUAUAUAGAUAGAGCUGUAAAGAGAUAGAGGUAAGAAAGUAAGGGGCGCAGCCUUUCAUUGAAAUAGAGAGAAAACUUGGGAAGUUAAAACCCAAGACACAAAUUUUCUUGUGUUUGUUACAGAAAGUUCAUUAUUUUCUUCAUGGUAUCAGAGCAAGGUUGAGAGAAUCUUGUCUCGAGUUUUUCUUUUUCAUCAUCCAAGUUCAAAACUUUCUUUUCUAGAUUAAAUUCUGAGAAUGGCAGAAGCUGGAAAGGAAGGGGAGAAACAGAAGGAGGUGAUAGGAUAUCAAGAUCCAUACUACUUAUCUACUGCAGACAACCACACCAUGCAAGUUGGAGCUAUGAUCUUCAAUGGAGGUAACUAUCUUAACUGGAGUAGAAGUGCAAAAAUGGGUCUUGCAUCUAAAAACAAACUGGGGUAUAUUAAUGGAAAAUUACCCAGACCUAAAGCUGAUGCACCAGAAUAUUUUAAAUGGGAUAGGAAUGAUAACAUGGUGAGAUGUUGGAUUCUAAAGUCUCUAAAAGAAAAUAUUGCUGGUAGUUUAAUGAACAUGAAGUCAGCUAAGGAUCUAUGGGAUGAAAUAGCUGAAAGGUAUGCUCAAAGUAAUGCACCACAGAUUUAUCAACUGAAAAAGGAACUUAAUGACCUUGAACAAGAUGAAAUGAGUGUGUGUGAUUACUAUUGUAAGCUGAAAUCCUACUGGGAUCAGCUGGAUGACCUGGAAGGAAUCCCAGAAUGCAAUUGUGGUGCCUUGUUGAAGUGUUCUUGUGACAUUGAAAAGAAAUUGUUACAGAUGCAAGAAAGAGGAAGGCUGAAUGAUUUUCUCAUGGGUCUGAAUGGAAAAUAUGAAAACAUGAGAGGAAACAUUCUUGGUAUGGACCCCUUACCAAGUGUCAACAGGGCAUAUCACUUGGUUCAACAGAUUGAACUGCAGAAGCAAAUGACAGAUUGUUUUCAACCCAGUUCUGAGACAAGUGCUCUUGCUGUGAAUAGACAUAGUAAGAGUCUGGGGCCUCUUAUCAACUUUCAGAAGAAAGAUUACAAGAAGAUAAGAAUGGAGAAACUGGGAAAGAAAUGUGAGUAUUGUGGAAUGAAGGGGCAUCUUCAAGAGGAAUGUUACAAGCUGAUUGGAUAUCCAGCUGAUUGGAACAAGAAACCAAGAGAGAAGGGUAACAUGAAGUAUGUUGCAAAUGUAGGAAAACAAGAUGAUGAAGGAAACAUGUAUCAGGACACACCCUUUGAUGAAGGAAAAGAAGAAGCAAGGAAGCAGGACCCUACACUCAUAUCUGCAAUAGUCCAGCAGGUAAUGAAGGCCAUGAAUGAGAGUUGUGGAGGUCAAUCAAGUAACUUUGCAGGACCCUACUAGUAAAGAGGUAGUUGCAUAUGGAAGGAAACUCAAUGGUCUUUACAAGUUGUGUUUGAAGGGAAGAAAGGAGGAACAAGAGGAUGAAGAAGAGAAGAAGAGACAUCCAGUUUUAGAUAAUAAAGUUGGAUGUAAUGCAACUAGUAGUAAUGUUAACUUAAAUGUUAUUCAUGCAAGGCUAGGACAUGGAUCUUUGUCAAAAUUACAACACUUGAAAUUUUGUAAUUGCAAGAAUGUUAAAGCUUUUGAUUGUGAUACUUGUUGCAUAGCAAAACA